CCCCUCCCGCGCUCCUCCUCCCCCUCCUCCCCCUCCUGCUGCCUCCCGCCCCGGCUGCUCCCACGCCGCCACCCAGACGCUCUCCCCUCCGCACCACCAGGAGGUGCAGACGGAGCCCCCGCCCCCGCCCGCACUGCCCUCCUCCUCCUCCUCACCAACACAGCAGCGCCCCGGCACUGCCGCCUCCUGGCUUCACACCGUCGGCUCAGACGCCCCUCCCGCCUCCCACACCACCAUGUUGCCCGCCUCUGCUGAACACAACCCGCCCGGAAGCUACAACAACAUCAACAACGCCGUCACCAGCGACACCCCGGCUCUGCAUCCCGGCGGGCCCUCCCCAAGGCGCGUCGAGGCACUCCGCCGCGGCGCCAUGGCUACCCCCGCGGGUGCUGCUGCUGCAGCUGUGGGGUGGCAGCAGGCGGCGGUGGGGGAGUCCUGGCAGGGCUCCUCCUCCUCCGCCUGGCAGGGCGCGGGUGCGGGUGCGGGGGCCGAGCAGGCGCAGUCACUGCUCACCUCUUGGUCCUCCCCGCCGGGUGGGGGCAUGCAGGGCGGCGGCACAGCGGCUGCUGCUGUUGCUGCAGCAGGCACUGUAGCACGAGGAGGUGCAGUAGCAGGGGGAGGCGGAGGGGGAGGAGGAGCAACAGGAAGGGUGGGUGCUGCUUUCGCUGGUGAGUCGAGUGCUGCGCUGGGGGCGGCUGGUGGCACGGACCUGCGUGCCUUCGCGCCGCCCCGUCGUGAGGCGCCGCAGCAGCAGCAGUACGAGGAGGGCGGCGGAGUGGGCGCCACCAGUGCUGCCGCGCUGCUGCUGCCGCCGCCCAAGCUGGAGUUCCGCAGCCGAGUGGCGGCCAGCUUGUUUGAGGAGCUGAGGUGGGACAUACACAAGCGUGCAGCUGCGGAGCCGCCCGCAAGCGCUGCCGCCGUCGCUUUUGCUACCGCCGGUCGGGGGCUGUCCGGGCUGGCGGUGGGCAAGGGGAAUGGUCAGUACGGCGGCAGUAGCAGCAGCGCGAAGGGGGUGUGGCGGCCUGGCGUGGUGGGGGCUGGCGGCGGCGCUUGGGAUGCCGGCGGCGGCGGCAGCCUCUUUGGCGCGGGUGCCGCUGCUGCCCCAGCCGGCAUUGCUGCUGGUGGUGGUGAGAGCUACAGCCACAACCCCUACAGCUACCCCUACAACAACAACAACACCUACAACAACAGCAGCGAUGAUGCAUACUAUCCCUCCGCGCUGCCGCAUAUGAAGCGACAGCGGGUCUCCCCACUUGGGGAGCGCAACGCGCUGUACUUGAGCGGCAACAACAGCAGCAGCAGCAGCAUUGCUCCUGCGGCGGCGGUGUGGCAUGGCGCCUCCACCUCAGGUGGUGGUGCUGCCGAGGCUGGGCCCUGGUGGGACCGUGCAGUGGUGGCCCGUGCGGGUGCGGCGGACGCGCUCAACACCAACCCCCGGCUGUCACGGUUCGCGCCGCCGUCGCUGGCGGCAGCGCAGACGGAGUAUCACCCACCGCAGCCCAGCGGCGCCGGGGCGACGGCAGCAAUGCCGUGGUUGCAAGAGCUGGGCGGAAGCCAGAUGCCGCUGAUGACUACCGGUAUGAAUGGGGCGAACCCGGCAGCUAGGGGAGCCUCGUCGAGCAGUUGGCUGCAGGGGCAGGAGCAGCGGCCUUACCCUGGGGCCCCGCACUUGGGCCCCGCACUUUCGCCUGAGGAGCUGUUCGGGAGCGGGGAUGGCCGGGCUGAGGGGUUCUGGGCGACGGAGGGGACGCGCAUGAGUGCAGGGCAGGCAAUAGGUGCCGAGGGAAACAGGGUUGCGGAGAUGAGGGCUAGCGGGGCCGUGGGAGCAGCGGCCUUUGAGAAGAAACCUGGGUGGGGGGAAGCGCCGGGACUAGCAAAAGGGGAGGUUGCUUCCACGGAUGGGGAUUUUCCGGAGCCGCUGAGGUCAUUUUCACCCGAAAGGCUUGAGCAGCAUUCAGAAAUGCUUUUGCGGUUCUUGGAUGACAUGGGGCAGCGUUUACCACAAUAAGCCACGCCCACUUCUGGAAGGCCUUUUGCAAGGUUUUCUGGCUGAGGCGUUAAGAAAUAUGUAAGCUGCAGCCAUG